AUGGAAAUCCAGGAGCUGGAUGCUGCUGGGGACGGGGGUGAAUUCACCAUCCCCAGCGCCAGACGGGAAGACGGAGGGUUCUACAGCUGCCGAUCUCACUCCAGAUCAGAGCCGCCCCACUGGUCCUAUCCCAGUGAUUACGUGGAGAUCUAUGUAGCAGAUAACUACUACCCCAAACCCUCCAUUUCCCUGCGCCCCAGUGGGGAGGUUGCCCUUGGGGGAACUGUGACUGUCCGGUGUCAAGGUCGGUACCAGAACGUGAGGUUCCUUCUGUACAAAGAUGGAAACCCGAACGCACUGCAGGAUGUGGAGCCUGCUGGGGACCUGGCUGAGUUUCCCAUUCGUAACAUGAACUGGAGAGACGCAGGGAGCUACAGCUGCUAUUAUCACUCCAAAAUGUACCAGUUCCUCUGGUCGCAUCCCAGCGACCCUGUUGAGCUGGUGGUAGCAGAGGGAACCAACCCAGCUGGAACCCAGCAGCCGGAUCCCCCCACGACGGAGCCAGAGGGAGAAGGAGGAACUGAGCCAGGAACGACGCCGACUCCCACCCACUCAGGCAGCGCGGGGCCAGGUACUGGGGCAGGAAAUUGGCAUUAA